CGACGCGGUUCACAGCAGUGGAUGUUGAGAAGGCGUGAAAUGACGAAUCAAAUUAAGACGUUUGGAGACGGGAACGAGGCUGCGCGUUCACCAUGAAAUAUCGCGUAUAAACCACGAAGGGGAAUUUGGAUCCAAAUGUUUAACGCGUUUGAGGCUUUAACUUUACGCCACAUUUUCUUCCCUAAUUCCAGAUUUUUAUUUUUUUCCUAUGACAGGGCAGACUGCACCCUGAAGUUUUUUAUUAAUCCACACGGUGUAUGGAAAGUGCUCCUGGAUGGACCUGGGCGAACACAGCUGGUCCAUGGUCAAGCGAGAAGCAUCCAGCAGCCCCGGCUCACCGGCUGAUCACACCUACCUGUCCGGUGACAGCAGGAGGGACGGGUCCGCCUCCGAUGAGCUGAGGACACCGGCGCCUCCGAGCGACCUUGACGCACUGGGGCACCGUAGAUCGCUACACUCCUACGUGCACUUCGGACACCAUAACGCCACCCUGACCGCCUCCGAGGACAUGCCGCUGUUCACGGAUUUAGACCAGGGCGGCAAACUGGUCCUCUCCGGCAGCGCGCACAAGGCAGGCCUGCUGGUGGACCCGACCGACAUGUACCAAACCCUGGCCAUUGCCGCGGCGCAGAGCCAAACUGGAUAUGAUUCCUCCGGGGGUUACAUGCACUCCAACCCCAACUCCCCCGUGUACGUGCCCACCUCCCGCGUGAGCCCCAUGAUAACCAGCCUCUCAUACCUGCAAGCCAGCGGUUCUGCGCAGCCGAGCCACGGCGUCUCCAGCCAUUCGGUGUGGUCGCAGUCGACCCCGGAGAGCCCGUCCUACAGCACCGGGAGCCCGCACACCUCCAGCCGCUUCCACUACCCCCCGAGCCCGCCUAUGAACAACGGGACUCCGCGGGACAGCGGCUACAGCAACACGCUGAACAUGAGCAGCCGAGACCAGUACGGCCUGUCCCGGCCUCUGAGCGGGACCUACCCGAGUCCCUACUCCCCGUACGUGGCUCCGCAGCUGUCCCAGCUGCCCUCUCCGUGGAGCGGCGGGGCUUUUGAGAACACGAUGCUGCACACGCUGCAGAGCAGAGGAGCGCCGCUGAUCCGAGGACCAAACGGAGUUCCAGAUUUUCUCGACGAUAUGGGAGAGAGCAGAGAGUGCGUAAACUGCGGCUCCAUGUCCACGCCGCUGUGGAGGCGCGACGGCACCGGACACUUUCUGUGCAACGCCUGCGGCCUGUACAGCAAAAUGAACGGGCUGAGCAGACCGCUGAUUAAACCUCAUAAACGGACGUCGACGUCCAGGAGAAUCGGCCUGUCGUGCGCAAACUGUCAAACCAGCACAACCACCCUGUGGCGCAGGAACGCGGAGGGGGAGCCGGUGUGUAACGCGUGUGGACUCUACACAAAAUUACACGGGGUGCCUCGACCUCUGGCCAUGAAGAAAGAAGGUAUCCAGACCAGAAAAAGAAAACCGAAAACUUUGAAUAAAACAAAAGGCUCCUCUGGAAACAGCAGCGCUGUGUCUAUGACCCCAACGUCCACAUGUUCAUCCAAUUCAGAGGAUUGCUCCAAAACCAGCUCUCCGUCUGCACAAGUGUCAGGGGUCAGUUCCUCUGUGCUGUCCAGUCCGACAGAGGGAACAGGCUCCGGCUCAGCCGUGAAGUACUCAGGACAGGACGGCCUAUACGGUCUGUCGCAGCCGUCAGACGUGGCUUCAGUGCGGGGUGAACCGUGGUGCCCCAUGGCCCUGGCUUGAACACCCAAAUCUUUUUUGGAGGACAUCAAUCUGACCCCUGUGCCUGGAUCCAGUGCCGAGGCCUCCAAUGGCCACUUUUGCUUCCCGGCCAGUGUGAGCUGGAAUCGAGUGUGGAAUAUCUGGAAUA